CAGAGAGGACACAGCGAGAGAGGGAACACAAGCAGGGGGAGUGGAAGAGGGAGAAGCAGGCUCCCCACGGAGCAGGGAGCGCCAUGCGGGGCUUGAUCCCAGGACCCUGGGAUCAUGACCUGAGCCGAAGGCAGACACUUAACGACUGAGCCACCCAGGCGCCCCUAAAAAAGACUAUUCUAGCAGCUGCUUUCAUUUUUUCCCAUUUCAGCACCGAACACCGUGACUGUAUAUUAGCUCAGUCAAGCCUCAUGGCGGCAAUCCUGCCCCAUCUCGGAGACCAGGACUUGGAAGCUGUAUUCCUGACAGCUGGGUGGAAGGAGUUGCUGUCCUUUGAGGAUGUGGCUAUGUACUUCACCAGAGAAGAGUGGAACAAACUUGAGCGGGCUCAGAAGGACCUCUACAGAGAUGUGAUGCUGGAGAAUUACAGAAACAUGAUCUUGUUGGGAUUUCAGUUUCCCAAACCUGAGGUGAUCUGCCUGCUGGAGCAGUGGGAAGAACCAUGGAUCCUGGAUCUACCAAGAGCCGGGACUAGGAAGGCUUCCAGUAGUGCUUGCCCAGGCUCUGAAGCCAGAUGCAAGACGAAAAAGCCAACUCCAAAGCAGAAAAUUUCUGAAGAUUUAGAGUUGUCAGUGGUAAAGCAGACAACGGCCAAGAGAUCUGCAGAAAGGUCACAUAAAUGUAAUGAAUUGGUGGACGUUUACAGACUUGCAUUCCCCACUCUUGGUGAUGAAUGCCACAAGGACUUCCUUCAAAACCUCCACCUUACUCAAGAUCGGAGUGCCCAAAUAAGGAAGAAGCAGGGCAAAUGUGAGGAGUAUGGAAAACCUUUCAAUCAGAGAUCGUUGCUUUUGCGGCAUAAGCAAAUUCUUACAAACGCAAAAUCUCAUGAAUGCAGUGAAUGUGGAAGAGUCUUCAGGCGUCAGGCAAAUUUCAUUCGACAUCAAAGAAUUCACACAUCAGAGGAUCCCUUUGAAUGCGACAUAUGCGGGCAAGCCUUCAAACAUAAGUCUACUCUUCUUGUCCAUAAACAGUGUCACCCUCAAAAAAAGCCAUAUAAGUGUCAUGACUGUGGAAAAUUUUUCCGUCAGAUGGCAUAUCUUAUUGAACAUAAAAGGAUCCAUACCAAAGAAAAGCCCUAUAAAUGUAGUGAGUGCGAAAGAACGUUUAGUCAGAAUUCAACCCUUAUUCGACAUCAGUUAACCCACAGUGGAGAAAAACCCCAUAAAUGUCACGAAUGUGGAAAGGCCUUUGGUCGGCAUUCGACCCUUCUGAGCCAUCAACAGAUUCAUACUAAACAAAACACUCACAAAUGCAGCGAAUGUGGAGAGUCCUUUAGCCGGAAUGUGGAUCUCAUUCAGCAUCAAAGAACCCAUACCAAGGAGGAAUUCUUUGAAUGUAGAGAAUGUGGAAAAACUUUUAGUUUUAAGGCAAAUCUUCAUCGCCAUGAGGUCAUUCAUACUGGAGAGAGACCCUACAGAUGUGACAAAUGUGGAAAAUCUUUCAUCUGGCGCACAAGCUUUAUUAAGCAUCAGGGUACUCACAGAGAACGGAUAUCAAUGUGAUACUAACUGGAAAAAGACCAUUUAAAGACCAGAACUUACCACUCUUGUAAUUAUGUGUAACUUCAUUGUUUUAUAAAAAUUAAUAAACAGGAAUUGAAAUGGUUUUGCUGUGGGGACCCUCUUUUUGUAGCUAACCUUCUUGCUGGAGUCAAGAAUUAAUAGAACAUGUAAUAGUCUGUCAUGUUCAGUCUCCGUUGAGCUCCUCAUACCUUCAUUGUCCCAAGUCCAGGCGGAAGGGAGGCAUAAAAACUUUGUGGUUCCCUAGGCUGGAGACCAUUUGAUGGAUUAUGAACGAUGUAGGAAUACUUUUCUUAUUUCCUGUAUAACUGGGGGGAAAACGUUUUUAAGUCAAAGAAAGGUGUAAAAAGAUACUUUUCUUGGUUUUAUGUAGAAAAAUUACCUGAUACUACAUUGACUUUUUAAAAGUAAAAUAAGGGCUACUCACAAGUAACUCGUGAGAUAUUAAGAAUCAC